AUGAAGUACUCCAGGAGCGUUAUAUCCGCCCUGUUCGCGGCUUCCGUCCUCGCUGCCCCGGUUCCAGCACCUGGCACUGAAGACUCUUCAGUAGACAAUGCCUUCGUUAACGUCGCUUACUACGGUCUGAAGGAGAGAGAAGCUGCGGCCAAGCCAGAGCCUGAGUCAGCAACAGUGGAUGCAGACUUCAUUGGCAUUGUAUACAACGGCCUGAAGAAGCGCGAGGAGGAAAAGGCUUCAGUUGAUAGCGCCUUUGUGAAUGUUGCGUACUACGGACUGAAAGAGCGAGAAGCGGCUGAGCAAGCUAAGCGUGGAGAGGAGCAACCCGAUGUCGACUCGGCCUUUGUCAAUGUCGCUUACUUUGGGCUGAAGGAGCGCGAAGCCGCUGAAGCAGUGGCCAAGCGUAAUGAGGAGAGUUCCGAUGUCCACUCAGCGUUUGUCAACGUCGCUUACUACGGCCUGAAGGAGAGAGACUCUGAAGUUAAGGGGUAAAUGCAGAGUUUAUCUACCAGGGAACGGGA